UUAAGGUUAUGUUAAUUUUAAUGUUCAAUUCAUAUAUUUCUAAACACGUGUUUUGCUUACCGAGACAAAAUUUUUAUAAAACAUUACAGAAUAUGAGUAGUCCGGAAAUUAGAAAUUUCAGGGAUUUUCUGCUUCUGUAUAAUCAAAUUUCUGAAACGUGUUUUAAUCAUUGUACAAAUACAUUCCUUACUAGAGAGAUAUCACCAAAUGAGGAUGUUUGUGUAAAUAAUUGUGCUCAGAAAUUUGUGAAUACCAAUCACAGAGUUAUGGAAGUUUACUCGGAAAUUUUGCCAAUUUUUACCAAAAAAAUGAUGGAAGCAAAUGCAGCGCAAGUAGCGGCAGCUGUUGAAAAAUCGGAAACUCAAUGAAAUUUUUAUUUCCUGUAAAUAUUAUUAUACUAUUUAUUGACGAAAUAAUGCCUAUAAUAGUUUAUAAUUAACUACUAAUUUUGUGUAAUUGUGAUUUUAGAUAAUUAAAUUUUUAAAUUUAAA